AUGGCACUUUCUGUGUUUUAUUCCAGCGUCAGUGGAAAUACGGAGAUGAAGAAACAACAGCAACGGAUCUUUGAUGUUCUUCAGUCUAAGAAAAUAGAUUUCGAGGCCGUGGAUAUUUCUCAGGAAUCUGAAAAUAAAGAUUUAAUGAGACGUAUUGCUGGAGAUCCCACUGCUCUCCCACCUCAAAUUUGCAAAGGUGAUUCCUACUGUGGGAACUUCACAGCAUUUGAGAGUGCAAUUGAAGCUGAAGCUCUGGAAGAAUUUCUAAAACUCUAA